AUGUGGCUGUUUCUGGCAAUGGCAUGCUUAAUCCAGCAGACUACAAAUUCAGAAGAAUCUUUCCGAAGAAGGCAUUUGAAUCCUCAAGGAUUCAUGACAAUUCCUGAAAUCAUCCAAUAUUGGGGAUAUCCAAGUGAACAGUAUGAAGUUCUGACUGAUGAUGGUUAUUACCUUCAAUUAAACAGAAUUCCUUACGGGAAACACUGUCCGCAUAAGAAAGGGCCCAGACCAAUCGUUUUAUUGGUACAUGGUUUUCUGGUUGAUGGGAGAUAUUGGAUUGCAAAUCUUCCUAGCAACAGCCUGGGAUUUUUCCUAGCAGAUGCUCGCUAUGAUGUCUGGAUAAUAAAUCUUAGAGGGACCACUUGGUCUAGAAGACACAAGGAGUUUUCAAUUGACCAGCAGGAAUUCUGGGAAUUCAGUUUUCAUGAAAUGGGAAUUUAUGAUGUACCAGCAACAAUAAACUUCAUCUUACAGGAAACAAAACAAGACUCUUUAUAUUAUGUUAGCCAUUCCCAAGGAGCAUCAAUAGGUUUCGUUGCUUUGGCAAUCCUGCCCCAUUUCUCUGAAAGAGUGAAAUUAUUUUUAAGCCUCGCAUCUGGCUAUACCCUGAAAGGUACAAUGGGGACAUUUAGGAUACUUGGACUAAUACCAGAAGGACUCGUAAAACUAAUAUGGGGCACUAAAGAAUUUUCCCUUUCUAAUGAGAGAAUAAAGAACACCCUGAUCUACGCAUGCAGCUAUCCAGUAAUUGACAAGCUCUGCCUCCAGAUCAUUUUCUUUACAGGCGGAUAUAAUGAGAAAAACCUAAAUGUUAGUCGAUCGGAUGUAUAUGUUGGAAUCAUUCCUGAUUAUACAUCUGUAAAAAACUUGAAUCACUGGUCUCAGGUUAUGAACUCUGGUGAAUUUAAAUAUUAUGACUAUGGGCAGAGAAACAUAGAGAUAUACAACAUGACAAAACCUCCGUUUUAUAAAAUAGAAGAUGUUAGUGUGCCAGUAGCCGUGUGGAGUGGAGGAAAAGAUAUUGCUGCAACCAGACGUGAUAUUGAAUCCCUGCUUCCUCGAAUCCCUCGUUUAGUUUUCUACAAGGACAUUCCUGACUGGGAACAUUUUGAUCCAGUCUUGGGUCUGGAUGCCCCACAACGCUUGUAUCCCGAUGUGCUUGAAUUGAUGCAGAAAUACAAGGAUUAA